AUGGCACUGGAACACCAAAGCGAGAGAGGGAUCGUAAUUAUUGUGAUCUUUAUCGAACAAUAGAAGUAACGGUUAAGGGAGGAGUGAUUUCUAAGUCAAAGGGAUCAAUUUAUAAUGCAAAAACCUUGAUUGCACUUGACCCUAGACUCUUCAACAGUUCAGAAGAAGGUGUUGUGGGAUUCAUGAAGAGAACAACAUUUUAUGGUGUAGGAGAUAAUCUAGAAGUGAAACCACUUUCUGCUAAUUUUUGCCUUUCAUAUCUGAAAGAAUUAAGCCUUCCUAUUGAUGAUCUUGAAGUGAAGGUGAUACCCAUCGGUGAAACUGAGGCUUUGAGGUUCCUUGGAGCAUUCUUGACAUCAAAAUUUACCUUGACCAAUGGACUGCAAGACUUUUUGAAUGUGACUGAACAAGAAUCAACUAUUUUGAAAGUCCCUAAACAAGAAUCUUAGUUUGAAAAAUAGCUAGAAAUGUUGCAGUUUCAGCUUGUGUUUCAACAAUAGCUAGAAAUCUUGUUUUGUGGUUUUCCUUUCUGUUUCUACUACUCAAUUGGAUUGUGGUUUUUCUAUUUAAUUAAUUUUAUGAACUGGAUUCAAGAAAUUCUUAACUUGAUUGUGGUUUUUAUAAUGUUCUGUUAUACUAUUGUUAUUAGUAUUCAACAUUUCACUAUUAUUUUCUUUUGCAUUUUCCAGGUUAAAGAAAGAACUAUUCUUAUAUGCUCACAUGAUCAAAUAUAAUUUUUUGGUCACACUCAUAAAAUUUGAAUUUUUUAUUCUAUUCAUUUAAUUAUUUCAUAAAUAAUCAACAAUUAUGUGAGUGUGACUAUAUGAUCACGUGACCAUCAAAGUCUUACUCUCAAAGAAAACCUCUAUAAUGUUAGCAACAAAAAUUAACCCUCCACCACUAUAACUUCUUUUGCAUCGGUUUGAUUCACUUUAUUCUCAUCUUGCUCGAUCAUAACCAUUGAACAAAAGCACAAUGGAAUCAAUGCCCAUUGUGGCACUGCCUUUUCUUAAAGUAGGAAUCACACUUUAAGGUGUGUUUAUUUUCUUUAAUAAAAUUUUAUAUUCCUUUUCUUAAAGUACAGUACGAGCCUCUCCUUGUUUGCCACGUGCCAUACUGUUUUCAUUGUUUACUCACUCAGCUCCACCUUUCCUCAAUAUACAAUCAAUCAACCCAACCCAAAAAUUUUGAGAGACAUAUCAAAGAACAUGCCUCAUAUAUAGUAAAUCAGAGUCAUCCAAUAUUUCUAUGCUUUUCAAUUCUAAGGUUUUUUUUUUGGUUGAGUCCUACAACGUGCUCCCAUGGCUUCUGAAAAACAACAACAACAAGAUGAUGAUAAAAGAACAAUUCCCCUGAAAAUCUUAGUGGACAAACAAAGAAACAAAGUUAUAUUUGUGGAAUCAACAAAGGAAUUUGUUGACACUCUCUUCAGCUUCCUAUCUCUUCCACUUGGCACCAUCGUUCGUCUUCUAUCCACCAAAAACAAUAACAAUGACAAACAAUCAUCAGAUUCAUUCCCAUUUCUUGACAGCAUCCAAAACCUCUACCAAAGUGUCCAAAACCUCAACUCAGACCAUAUUUGGAACAACCCUGUCUGCAAACAAAUGUUGUUGCAUCCUAAGAAUCCAUGUGAAUCACUGUGCAUGAAGUUGUUCUUGAAUAUUGAUGAUACCGAACCAUCAAAUAAGAUUUUUGUGUGUGAUUCUUGUAAGAAGUUCACUACUUUUCAAAAUCUUAAUUGUACGUGUGGAAAACCAACUAGACAACCUCAGAAUUUGGAUUCUGAGGGUGAUCAGGAGAGUAGUACUAGUGUGGAAAGUGGGGUGUUUGUCAGAGAUGAUGGAUUAAUGUUUAUGGUGUUUGAUGAUUUAAAGAUUGUACCAAGUUCCUUGGUGACUUCCAUGCAGCUGUUGAUAGAACUGGGGUAUCCAGACUUGACUCAACUGGAGGAAAUCAGACGCAACAUUGGAAAGCAGGAGAUAUUGAACCUCCUCAAGUAUACCUUAACCUCUCAUGAACCUCUCACAAAUACACUUUUGGCAAGUAGCUCCAAGAAUAAAGACAACCCACCUAACCAAUCUGCAUCAACUUUUAAAGCAUCACCUUGCACUAGUACCACUAGUAAAAUGGAUAUUAAGGUAGUGCAAAGUAAAUCUAAGGAAAAAAUAAUCAUUGCAGAAGCUAAUGGAGAUUUUGUUAAUUUCAUAUUUAGCUUCCUUACUAUGCCAUUAGGGUCCAUUGUAAAUCUUUUUGAUGGUAACUCUCUUACUGGAUGCGUUGGUAAUUUGUACAAGAGUGUGGAGAAAUUGGAUUCUUCAUUGUGUACCGACUCACACUCUGUGUUACUAAAUCCUGGUAUAGCACCACAGUUUGGCUGUCCAAACCAGCCUCUCAACAUUCCUCAUGUAGAAGACCCUACUUAUUAUUAUGGUACAGAGAGGUUAUCUUUAAAUGAUGGUUUUUUUUAUAUUAUAAAAGAAAAGAUAGAGGGAGGAGUGAUUUCUAAGACAGAGGGAUCAAUUUAUGAUGCAAAACUCUUGACUGCACUGGAUCCUAAAUCCCCCAACAGGUUAAAAGAAGGUGUUGUGGGAUUUGUGAAGAGAGCAACAUUAUUUAGUGUUGGAGAUGAUCUAAAAGUAAAACCACUUUCUGCUAAUUCCUGCUUUUCAUAUUUGAAAGAGUUACGCCUUUCCCUUGACGACAUUGAAGUGAAGGUGAUAAGCAUUGGUGAAGCUGAGGCUUUGAGCCUGCUUGCAGCUUCAUUGACAUCAAAAUUUACCUUGACUGAUGUACUCGGAGACCAGUUGAAUGUGCCUAACCAAGAAUCAACUUCUUUGAAAGUUCCUAAACAAGAACCAACUUGACAUCAAAGUAAACACAAAGUAGUUGGUUAAUUUGAAGAUCUUUCAAAAGGAGUUUUCAUUAUCAAUCAGUUGCAGUUUCAGUUUAUGCUUCCGACAAUAGUUAGAAGAUCUUGAACCUUGGGUUUUUUUUAAUAUCUGUAGUUUGUACUUUUGCUUUCUGUUUCUACUACUUAAUUGGAUUGCUGUUUUUUCUAUUUUGUUUUGUGAACUUGUGUUGUGAAAUUCUUAAUUGAAUUGUAGUUUUUCUAUUCCAUGGAUUCUUAUAUAUAUAUAUAUAUAUGUGUGUUUUUCCUAUUCCAUGGAUUCUACUA